UCCUCAGAAAUGGCUCAAAAUCUAUAUUUCAGUCUUCUUUUCAUCGCUCUCUGUUCAAUAUCUGAAUGCUCUCAGCGCCGCUAUCACUAUAUAAACAUGAAGAAGAACUGGACUGAAGCUCAGAGAUACUGCAGAGAGAACUAUAAAGAUCUGGCCACAGUCAACAACAUCUAUGACAUGAACGAGCUGAAGAACACUGAAGAACUGAAACAACUGAUGAAGGGUAUCAAGAACAAUGUGAGUGUCUGGAUUGGACUGAAGAAUACAGGUGUUUAUAAAUGGAAGUGGUCUCUGGGUGAUCCUGUGAACUAUACAAACUGGGAAUCUGGACCAUCAAAUGACCGACAUGAUUGUGCUGUUAUGAGAAAUGGAACAUGGCGUCAGCAGAACUGUAAUGAGAACAUGAGAUUUAUCUGCUACAACGACAACAGUAAAACAUACAUCAUCUACACUUCUACUAAAACAUGGAGAGAAGCUCAGAGUUUCUGCAGACAGUAUCAUACUGAUCUGAUCAGUGUGAGGAACCAGACUGACCAUCAACUGAUCCACAACAUCAUUAAUGAUCCUCACACAUCUGUCUGGAUUGGUCUGUUCAGAGACUCGUGGGAGUGGUCAGAUAACACUGACUCUGGCUUCAGAUACUGGAGGUCUGAUGAACCUAAUGGUGGAUCAUCUGAUACAGGUUUCUGUACACAGAUCAGAAUGAAUGAUGAAUGGAGGGGUCAGUGGAAUGAUGCUGGUUGCAGUUUCUCUAAGCCCUUUGUGUGUCAUGAUGAUGAGCUGAUAUUGAUCCAGAAGAAUCUGAGCUGGACUGAAGCUGUGAGAUACUGCAGAGAGAAUCAUGUGGAUCUGGUUUCAGUGGAUUCACAGGAGAUUCAGCUCAUGGUGACUGAUGUUCUUCAUGAGGCCUCGACUGCUGAGGUGUGGAUGGGGUUACACUAUUACUGUCUCAUGAAUCUCUGGAUCUGGGUACGAGGAGAGGUCGUCUGCUAUCAGAAUUGGGCUCCAUGGGUUCAGAUUCAACUGAAGGACUGCAGCGGUGAACACAGAGCUGGAGCGAUUCAGUCUGGAGGAGAUCAUCUCUGGAUCAGCCUUCCUCGAUCUCACAAACUCAACUUCAUCUGUACCAGACAUGGUUCAACAUGA